CUCCGCCGCCGCGCUCCCCUCAAUGGGCCGGGGCCGGCGGCGGGGCUGAGCUCGGCCGUGCCGCGGGGAUGUCGCAGGUUCCGCCGGGCGCGGUGCUGCUCAAUGACUUGCCCGACCACUCUCCGCAGGUGCGCGGCGCCGUGUCCGAGCUGCGGCGGCGGGCGGAGGCAGAGCCCGGCCAGCGCUGGCCGCAGCCCCUCUCCGAUGCCUUCCUGGUGCGGUUCCUGCGCGCCCGAGACUUCCACCUGGACCUGGCCUGGAGGUUAUUGAAGAAUUAUCAGAAGUGGAGAAUUGAAUGCCCAGAAAUAAGUGCAGAUUUACAACCAUCUUCUGUUCUUGGUCUUUUGCAAGCUGGCUAUCAUGGAGUCCUAAGGUCAAGAGACCCACAUGGAAGCAAAGUUCUAAUAUACAGAAUUGGACAAUGGGAUCCCAGUUUAUUUACAGCAUAUGAAGUGUUUCGUGUAAGUCUCAUCACAUCUGAACUCAUUGUAAAGGAGAUCGAGACUCAGCGAAAUGGAGUCAAGGCCAUCUUUGACCUUCAAGGGUGGAGAUUUGCUCAUGCUUUUCAAAUCAGUCCAGCAGUGGCCAAAAAAAUAGCUGCUGUUCUCACAGAUUCCUUUCCACUGAAAGUUCGAGGUAUCCACUUGAUUAAUGAGCCUUUAUUCUUCCACCCAGUCUUCGCUCUAAUUAAGCCUUUUCUCACUGAAAAAAUAAAGCAACGGGUGUACAUGCAUGGGAAUAACUACUUGCAGACUCUGACCGAACACUUCCCUGUCAGCAUUCUCCCACAGGAAUAUGGGGGGGAGGAAGUCUCCAUUGAAGAGCUGGCCAAGGAAUGGACUGACUUCAUAAUGGCAUCUUCAGAUUAUCUUCAGAGCAUUUCUCUGGUUGCCUAGGAAUAACCUUAAUACAGUAUUUUAUCAGUUCUUGAACACUAGAAUUGGAAAUAAAUGUAAUAUGAAAAUUUCCAUUGUGAAUGAAACCAGUAUGUCUUUGCAGGGCACUCACUGAAUGUUAUAUUGGCUGCACUUCUGUACUAACUGGAGUCUAUCAGUUUCUAUGUUAGAAGAGAUUAAUGAAUUCUACAUGUUUGUCACACUGUUAUUGAGUAACUUGUAUGCCAGAAAGCUGAAGAGCAUUGGAUAUCAGAUUGAUACUGCUGCUGUUAGGUCUUUGGAGACAACUCAUCUGUAAUAAUGUAGUCCAGAACCUUACACUUAGCUCUUUAUCUUGGCUUGUCAAGACAAUACAAAACAAAGAAUAGACUGUGAAUAGGGUAGUUUGUUGCAGAAAUAAGACUACAGGGCUAAUUUGCAAGGACUGAAGAAGCUGCUUUUUGGAUUGAUUCUCAGGGAAAAAAAAAUGCUGUUUUGAUAGUUUGUAUCAAAUUGAAAAUGGGUCAGCAAUAAUGAGACAUUUGCGUUACUCUUUGUGCUGCUUGUGCCGCUUCCCUUUUUGUCCUAAUUAACAGAAUAAUCUUCAAGUCUUAUAGAAAAACACCACGUACGUAUUCUUCAAAGGACAGUGUGAAUCAGAGGAAGGAACUGGUAAAAGAGUCAUAACAACCUUGAAAAUUCUUAUUUUCUUUCUUCAACGUGAUAAUGUCUGUGGACAACUAUAGGUAACUCAGAUUAUUAUCCUUUAAUCCCUAAUGUAGAGAACUACAGAGGUCAAAAGUUUUCAGCUGUUUGCAUUAUCUGCUUGUUUCAGGGGGUAAAGUAGGUUAAGUAAUUUUAUUUUCAGUACAGUAACUGUUCUUAACUCUUUUUUGCAUAAGCACUAUGUAUUUAAGCAUUCCAUAUUAAUUUUCCUAUUAAUAAAUCCAUAAAAAUGCUUUUAUCUCAGGUAGCUAGAAAUUAUAACUUCAGUUAUUUUGCAAUCUUUAGGACAUUGGAAUAUUGGUAUAUAGGUGUAGGGAACAGAAAUGAAACUAUACUAUUAUAUCAGAAAUGCCUUACUUUAGAUUAUGAUUAGUAAGGCAUUAUUGCAAGAGUCAUUGGAAACUAUUUUUAUUAGCAAGAGGAACAUCUGUGAAAAACCCCUUAGAGUUCUUGUGGGUUGUAGUUUCUUCUGCUGUGGUAAGAUCAAUGCCAGAAAUUCUUUCAAAACUGACAACAACUUCUUUUUUAUUUUUUUCUUCCAAUUUCCAAAUUUCUUGAAGUGCCUUUUCAUUUUUCUCUUUCAAAAUAUUUUUGAUAUGGGGCCUAAAUUUAAAGAAACCUGAUUGAGAUAUGAGUAUAUUAAAAUAUAUUUCAUACAUAUUUCUUUUUCUCAGGUUUUGUGAUACUAUUUUGUGAUACACUGUUUUGUGAUACAAAAGCUCCUUAAAUAGAGGAGUUCAAUGAACUGCAAAUUCUUCUUUAUAAGAAAAUAGACCAAGUAGUCAGCUAUCUGGCAAUUGUUCAAGUGUGUAACUCAAGUUCCAAGUAAUUUACCAGUUGGAGAUCCAAAGCUAUUGUUUUAAUAUUACAGUCCUUCAAUUUUAAUCUGUGAAUGUAAACUGCACAAAGGAAUGAACCAAGUUUCAGUGAACAAGGAAAUUAAAACUUUUCCUAUGAAACCAAUCUCUGAAUGCUACUGGUUUAUGUAGCAGAAACCUCAUUUGAUUGCAUAUGUAUAUGCAUAUUUAGCUAGGGCUUUUUGAUCUUUAUUUGGAGUUCACCGGCUCUAUGAAUAUAAAGUCCUAAAUGUCUUCAAAGAUACCCUGAUCCUGUUAGUAAGUGAUAGCAUAUUUGCAUAACUCAGCAGUUAGAGAACUGAGUGCAGUUAUUUUUUUCCUGAACUGUUAAUUAUUUUUUAAUGUUUACAUAUUAUAUAGGAGGUGGGAACUCAUAAUUGCUAUUGCUGCUAAUAAUAAGGAAACAAUAUAAUUGGAACAUUUACAUAAUGAGUAGUGAAGAUAUUGGUAUGAUGUGCAGUGGUGUUGCAGCUUUGAGCAGUAGCCAUGAAACAAAGAUCUCUAAGUGCAUUAUUCUUUAUAAACAUCAGUAGUGCCUCUAAAAAAAUAAAAGUUCCUGUUAAACGGUACAAAUAUAAUUUACUACUGACUGUAAGCACGAUGUAAUGCACAAUUUUUAAUCUUUUCGUCUGUUUUUAAUGUAUUAACAUAUGUUUUAAUUAAUAAACCCUUCCUGGUUGA